AUGGAAGGAGUUGAAGAAAUCGGAAUCGGCGACUUUGGAAUCGUUGCCGCCAAUGCCAUCGGCCAAGACCUCGAAAUUGUCGACGUCGUCGACGUCCAUCGCCAUCGUCGUUAUCUGGUCCUCCAUCUCUCCGAACAAGUCCAUUGCUCUCAUGAUCGACUCGCUUUCUUGCGUUCUUUUCAAUUGAGUUUUGAUGGGACGUCAGUUUCAAUGCGAACAAACACAAUAAAUGUCUUUCUUGUAAUGGGUAAUAUUUUGCAAGGAGCUUAUGCGCAGGUCCCUACAGUAGUCAAUAAUGAUGUCUCUUUUAUCUUAGAAUACUUGGGUGCCUAA